CGAUAGGGACAAAAAUAGCCUAAAAGUUUAAGUAAUUUUUCUGACAAUACCAAUGAAUGAUAAUUUUGACUCAAAUGAAAAAUAUUAUGUUUGAGUAUUGUAGUGUUUAUUUCCAAAAGGGUUUUGUUUAAUAAAAAUUGAAAGUAUAAAAAAUAAAUAAAAUUAAUUAUCAUUAUGAGAAUUUAAAAAUUCGUAAUUUUUUAGCUUAAAAAUUUACUACAUAGCAAAUAGCUAGACUUGCAAAAAAUAUCCUAGAUUCCUUCAACCUUCUACUUUGCAAUUAUGUACAGACAUAAGAAAAAAAUAACUUUAGGUAGUCAGGAAAAAUUAUUUUCUUUAUGGGACACCGGUGUUCCAAUCGUCCUUAAAGGGUUAAAAUACUUUGUUAAUUAUUUCUUUAAAAGAAACCUGUGCGAAAGCUCAUUACUUUAUUUUUUUUCGCAUUCUUUAGUAAUUUGUAUUCAUUAAUAAUAAAUUAAUAAUAAGGAAAAAAAAUAUCAGGACAUAGUGAAGUAGUAUAAAGUCUUACUUAUGAACUUCACUUUUCCUUUUCAAAUACUACAAAGCUUUUUCUAUAUUUUUAUUUUUAGUCGGACAUUCUUUUGACAAACUUUUAACAAAUAAUUGACCAAACUCACUUUUUAUAGUUUGUGAAUUGUAUGUUAAAAAGCUUUCAUUUAUAGAUUAUAGUGCGUUGCUAUAAAAAAGCUCUCUAACUGCCCUCUUAUUGGUUUAACUAUAAUUCUGUUGAACCAUAAAUGCGUUAAUUUGCAUUCAAACUGUUAUAAUGAUUUAUUUGAAUCAUGAAAUACAUGUGGUAAAUUUUCUCAAAGAGCACUCAUUUUUUCUGCUACAAAUCACUUUAUGGCUUUUUCAAAGUACCUUGAAAUUUAAUUAAGAUUCUCGCAAUUUUUAUGCAUUCAGUAUGUGCGGCAUAAAAUACAGUAACAGACUCAUAUGUUGAGUAUUGACGUACACGAAAUUUGCGCCUUAUGUCACCAUAAAAACCCUAUAUGUGGUCCCUUGUUGGCUGUAAGGAGGUAUCUCAUGGGGGUGGGUCUAAAAGUACAAUAAGUCCAACUUUUAUAGCGCACACCCGAGAAGAACGGAAGAAAGGUGGAAUGAUGUAUUUUUUGAAUAUUGCUUUUAAAUAACAACAAAAUGGGAGUUGUAUUGAUUUGGUGCUUGACAAUUCGGUCAAUCAUUAGGAGCUUUUUUUCUUGGGGGAUAUUGCCAUUGACCGUGAUACUUUUUAUAACCGGACACUGAAGAGCCUUGAGGGCACUUUUUCGAAAAAAGGGUUGAUGUUGAUGGAGUAACUUUGUGAAAUUGAUGUGCAUGUGGUCAACUUGAGUGAGAAUGUUUGUGAUUGCGGAUGUGAAUGGCAUGAAGAUAAACUCAUGGAUAUAAGCGUCCAGAAUUGAAUGAGAGAGAGCCAGAGAGGCAAAUGUGGGUCAAAUUGGGACUUAAUAAAAUUUCAGGGAACUGCCUAUAGCCUAGUAUAAUGUUGUUUAGUGUACACAAGAAUAGCAUACAAGCUUUCAACAUCCAACCUGAUUCCUCAUCAUGUUCUUCCCUGAGGAGGAUGUAAUAUUGCGGGAGUUAAAGUGAGAGUGUGAGAUUGGCUUUUGAAUGGAAAAUGCCUCUCAUGCUUUUUGCUAUGGAUAUCGGAUGGAUACUAAAAGGCAUUACUGAACGUCAUCAAAUUACUAAAAGAUUCUCAGAUGCAAAUCAUCAUAAAACUGCUUCUUCAUAAAAUUAUCGAAUAAUAAGAAAAAAAAAACCAAAAAAAAUGAGCAAGGAAAAUGAUUUGAGAGGAUGAGCCAAGGACUAUUGAAAUUAAUAUCGUGGUGAAAAGAAUAACGAUAUCACGAUGAUGGAGAUAUGAAAUUGCUGCUCAAAUCUCAAGGAGAGGCUCGUUAAAGUUUUUUUUUUAUCCAUGCCAACACUUGUCAGUAAUAACCUCCAGCUCAUCAUGUAUUCUUCAGCAUAGCUCAUUCCAACCACUAUCACCAUCAUCCGGCUCACCGGAGGAAAACAGUCAUUCAUCCAUUGUUAUUCUCAACUUUUCUCUCUAUAUGACAUUAUUAUUUUCUCGUUAUUUACUAAUUCGCAAUCAAUAAUAAAGCAUUGCUCAGUAUAAAAGACCAUAUUCACGGGAAAUAUUGCCGAAAUGAUUGGGGAAUUACGGCUAAAUGAAAGUACAAGAAAUCAGCUAAUGAAUUUUUUCUCCCUUACAAGUUGAAAACACAUAGCGCGAAAAAAGCCAAUAAACCGGAAAAAAAAUCUCCACAGAGACAUAAAUUGCCAAAUCCACAUCACAGCAUAAAAGAAAAAAAAUCUAUACCGAAAACAAUCAUCAAAGUCUAAAAGCCUAAAAAGAACCAAAUUAACACAGUGAUUUAAUAAAAAUCCUUUAAACAAUAAAAAAAAUACAAAAUCUUUCCAUCUCUACUGGCGAGAUCUUGAAAGUGUCUCGAAGAAUUAUAAUCACAAUUUAGUGUGUUUGUGUUUUUUUAUGUGUGAUUCACGUAAUUAAAUCUGAAGAAGUAAAAUAGUCACGACUGAAAGUCACAGAGAGAUAUUUGCAAAAAAAAAAAAAAGAAGAAAACACAAGAAGCGAAAGGCUCCCAAAUAGAAGAGAAAAAAAUUAAAGAAAAACUAAAUUCAAAUGUUAAAUAGCCAACCACAAAUUCAACUGCUCUCUCAAAAAGCAACCUCCACGAGCUCUUCAAGUAUCACCGAUAUCUUCUACUUUGAUGAUUUGUCCACGGCCCUCCAAGAGCAAGCGACAUCGUGUCAAAAUGGAUCACCAUCGUCCUUUGCUGCUGUACAGCAACAAUUCAAUCAGCAGACGGAAAAGCAACUCAAUUUCCAGCAUCAGUACCAGCCAAAAUUGUCCACUUUUGAUAAACCCGACAUGAAUACUUGUGAUGCCACAUACCACUUUAAAACUCUCGUGCCAGCAGUGGCGGCUGGUGCAAUCAUCGGCAAAGGGGGCGAGACCAUUGCCUCACUGCAGAAAGAUACUGGAGCCCGGGUGAAAAUGUCCAAAUCUCACGAUUUUUAUCCAGGUACAUCCGAACGAAUUUGCCUAAUUACGGGAUCCAGUGAGGCAAUAAUAACUGUGUUGGAUUUCAUAAUGGAUAAAAUCCGUGAGAAGCCCGAUUUGUCGGCUGAAAAAUCUGGCGAUACAAAACAAGAGCGUGAUAAGCAAGUAAAGAUUCUCGUGCCGAAUUCAACAGCCGGUAUGAUAAUCGGUAAGGCUGGUGCUUUCAUAAAACAGAUUAAGGAAGAGAGUGGCUCUUACGUACAAAUAUCGCAAAAGCCGAAAGAUGUGACAUUGCAAGAACGUUGCAUCACAAUAAUUGGUGAAAAGGAGAACAAUAAAAUGGCAUGCAAGAUGAUCCUCUCGAAAAUCAUUGAGGAUCCACAGUCGGGUACAUGCCUAAAUGUUUCCUAUGCCGAUGUCAAUGGACCUGUGGCCAAUUACAAUCCCACAGGUUCGCCAUAUGCCUCAUCGCAGCAAAAUGCGAUAAGUUCAAGUACAGCGUCACUCAAUUCGGCGCUGGGAACGGCUGUGACUGGAGCUGGCUUGCUAGUCAAUGGCACAGGCAUCAAUUUGUCAUUGAACUUGAAUGCCCCCAAUCCAGGUCCAAAUCCAUCAGUUACCACCCAACUUCUCGAUCAUAUUAAGGUUGCCAUGCGGAGUUCCGGAUAUUCUGAUUCCGCCACGACGGAAGUGUGCGCUGCACUGGGCGUACUGGCCAAGUAUGGAGUACUGGGCGUAGGGGUUGGGCUCACGCACGCGAACGGAGCCCAUCCGGCAACAACACCAGCGCUCAGCUAUCUCGGUGUUUCGGCGAUUGAUCAAUCUGCAGCAGCUGCAACAAGUGGUGGUGUCUUUGGGGCGAUUGGCCAGGUGAACCUGGAUUCAUACAUUGGAACAACAUCGCCCACACCGAGGACAUCACUUGAACGGUAUGAUGCUGCUUUCGAUCCUUUUCGGCAUGCGGGUUCCCAAGCAGCAACACCAAUUUCAUUAAAUAAUAAUAGUUUCGGUUUGGCGACUGGUGGUGCAACGGCUCAAACACUUGGGGCAGCUGCGGCGCAAACGCUGGGAUCACUCAGCAAGAGCCCCACACCAGGCGACCUGGGUGCCAAGGACUCCAAAAAUGUAGAAAUUCCAGAAGUAAUUGUAGGCGCGAUAUUAGGUCCAGGUGGUCGUAGUUUAAUAGAAAUUCAACGUGCAUCCGGCGCCACAAUUCAGAUAUCGAAGAAAGGCAUGUUUGUCCCUGGCACUAGAAAUCGCAUUGUCACCAUCACCGGCCAACCGCACGCCGUCACCUUCGCACAUUUCCUAAUUGAGCAGAAAAUCUCGGAGGAGGAGACCAAGAGAGCGCAUCAAAAUACAUUGACGUCGGGUAUUAUGCAAUAAAAGUAAUAAUAAGACAAGAAUCUUCUUCAGUCUGUUGUACAUUAUAACAAAUUUUCACGACAAGUCUUUUUUUCUUUCAUCCAUUAUUAUGAGAUACCAAAAAUUACACAAGGAAGAUCCUUCAGUUAGUUACGAGAAAAAAAAAGAAAAAGGCAAUUUAUUAUAAAUAUAGAAUCAUUCUUUUCAGAUGACCAUUAUUUUGAUCACAAAACCCGUCAAAUUUAAUUUAUUCUUCACAAUCCUUUUAUUAUUUUUUUGUUGUCCAAGGAAAUAAUCAUUGUCAAAUGUUCCUUUCGGAUAAAUCGUUGUUUUAAUCGUUUUUAUGCCAAGAAAAAUCACACAUCAAUUCAGUAAAAAAGAACUUCAUGUAUCAGAAAAAAAAUCACAAAAUGCUGAUAUUUUUUUUAAAUGAUAAAAAAAAACGUAAAUCAUUCUCACAAUUUGGAAAAAAGAUUAUUUGUGAGAGAAAGACUUUAUACAAAGAGAGAGUAACUUAUAUUUUUCAAUAGUAUAAAUAAAUUUUGUCGAUGAAUAAGUACUAUUUAAAAAAUAGAUUAAAAAGACGAAACAGUGCUGUUGAUAAUUGUUAUUAUUAUUUUUAUUGUCAUAUUAAAUAGUUGACGUGUGAGAGAGGAAACAAAAACAAAAACAAAAAAUAUUAAGAGCGAACGUGAGCGUGAGAAAAUAAGUGAAAAGCCCUAAAAAAAAAUUACCAGAAUAUUUUUAAUAGAGAUGAAAAAGAAAUAAUAAUUGCAGAAGAAAAUAUUAAACACUGAAAUUGUUUAUUUUUUAAGGCAGAGUUUAAGAGAUAUAAUGUUUUUUUUUCUAGACAAGAGGGUUAAAAAAAGAAGAAUAUAUUUUUUGUUAGUCUUUUAUUUUUUUUAGUACAGUGGUUGUAAAUAUUCAUAUAAAAAUCUUCAGAAAGAAAAAUUUUUAACUCUAGAUACAGAAUGGAAAGAAAAAACAAGAAAUUCUUUGCGUUAUUUGUAGCGUUUAAAAGUUUUAACACUAUAUAGUCUAUGAUUUGUUAAAAAAAUAUUUCAUUCGCAAAUUCACGAUACGAGGGUUAUCUCAUGAAGAUAUAAAAAUCUAUUUUGUUAUUCUGUAUUUCAGUUUUUUUUUUUAAUUCACUGUUCAAAUUGUUGAAAUCACAAAUUGUUUGCGUGAUUUUAUCAUCUUUUUUUUUUAUAUACAAAUAAAAAAUGUGGCAAUUCCUAUUUUUGUUUCUGUAUUGACUUUAAUUUGAGGAGCGCAGCAUAAAAAAUUCUAGCCGAAAAGUUGAUGUUAUUCCAGCAAUUUCACCUAAUUAACAUGGACCUCAAAAUAAACUUUUCGGAUCAAUAUUUCAGUGAGCAAGUUAUUACUGAAGAAAAUCGUUACCAUGGGUUUUUUCUUUUAUUAAUAAAAUUUUCCAGUUCAUACUGAGGAAGGAAAUGAACUCUGUGGGUUAAUUUUUUAUUUUUUUUUUGAUUUGGGGGGAAAGAGAAGAAAACACUAAAUAGAUAAUAAAUAAAUUUUAAGUGAAUGAUUAAGAGAUAUAACAGGGUUUCGCUAUUUUAGACUUAAUUGUUAAAAUCACAUUUUUUCUAAAUACACUACGGAUAAUAAAAAAAAGGCCACUAAAAAAAUCAAUGAUGAACGUUAAUUUGCAUUGAAGGACAUGGAUGAGAUGUAAUCAAAAAAAAUUGGAGAAUAUUUUUCAUAUUCAAACAAAUUGUUGAAUUGUUGAAUUUCUUUCAUUAAAAAAAAGGGGGAAAUCACUGUGAAGUCCACAAUCAAUUUUGAAAGAAAAAUCAGAAAUAUAUAGUUGCGAAAGUGAAAAAGUGCUGAAAGAAAAGAACAUAACAAAAAGAAAUUGCACUAUCGUGCAAUUAAAUUGAAUAGUUUUUCUUCUUCUAAAAAAAAAAAGAAAUGAGUGCCAUUAGAUAAUAGCAGAUGUUAUUUGACAAUUUGCAGUAAGGCCAUGUUCAAAUGUUCAUAAAUUAACAGAAAGAAAAAAGACAUUGCAAUAUAUAUAAUCACAUUAUACGAUUUACAAUAGAAAGCCUUUUGCGAAUUUUCUUGCUUACAGAUAAUUCUCGUCAUAGAUUAAUUAAAAGGAAAAAAAAAGAUAUAGAAAAAAAAUGAAAUAGAGAUAAAACCAUUUGAAAAUAAUAAUCUGAAAGCACUGAACAAUUAAUUCUUCCACAGAGUUGCUGUUAUAAUGAUAAUGUCUCGGUGAAACAUUAGUAAAAAUGCGAGAAAAAAAAGUCUGCAAAUUCAUUGUGCUUGAAGUUUUUCCUCUGCAUGAGAAGCUUUCCAGAAAUUAUUUUCCACGGAAAUGGUCAAAGCUAACCUCUCACAACAGUUAAUAGAGAUUUAGGAGGGACUUUCACAGGCGUAGUAGGAUCUCUCAGAAAUAUUACAACUUCAAGUUUCUUUUUUUUUUCUUUAUUCACACUGCAGAGAAAUGAAGAGAACAAUUCGUAUGCCACCAGGGAAAAAUAGUUUGUAAUAAAUUUAUCAAAAGUUUACUGUGCAACUCUCUUUACAAUUUAAAGCUGAAAAAAAAACUCACCGUAGAAUUGAACAACUGCUAGGGUAGCAUUUUGGGUAGAUUCCGGAAUCCCGUGAGAAUUGUCAUAGAAGAAUUACUGCUGAGAACAGUGUCAAAAGUUUUCGUACAAGCGACUUAACGGGGACAUUUUACGUCAAAUGUGACUUUAACUCAUGAGAAUUAUCAUAGAAAAAUUAAUUCUGAGAACAGUGUCAAAACUUUUCUGACAAACGAUUUGUCUAUGAUGUUUUUCUUAACUGAAUUAUUGAAAUUUUAAAUGUCUUUUUAUGUUUCAGCUUGUCAUUUUCUCUUGUGAGAAUUGUCAUAAAAGUAUUAUUAUUGGGAACAGUUUCAAAAUUUUUCAAACAAAUGACUUAAAUGGAACAGUUGCUGGUUAUUGAAUUAUUUAAUUUCCAAUAUUUUCAAUGCCAAUAUUAAGACUGUGACUUUCUCAAUAAAUUUCAUCGAAUGACAAUACGAAAACUUGUGUUGAAUUUACCCACUGAAUUUAGUAGGUGGUAGAUUUCACAGACUCGUGAGAAUACUCAUGUGGGAAUUAUUUUGAGAACAGUGUUGAACUUUGUCAAAAAAUUACUUUACUGAAAAAGUUGGACUUUGUUGAAUCAUAGAGCUGUCAAGAAACUCAUUUUCAGCUCGUGACUAUUUUUGCUGAAUUUUAUUCGUAUGGUUCGUAUGAUUAUUCUUACACUGAGUGAGAGAAAUCCGAAAAAGUUAAAAUAACAUUCCGGAAAUGUUAAUUUUACCCUGCAGUAUUGAUCCAAAAUCGGUGUAAAUAUUAUCCUUUUCAGGUGUAUUAGGGGUUAAAAUUACCCUUUUUCAUGUUAAUUUUACCCUUAAAAAGGUUUAAAAUUAACAUUAGAAAAUGUUGAUAUAUUUUUACACCUAAAAAGUGUUAAAUUUCAGAGUUAAAUUUACUCCCUGAAUUCAGAGGGAAAAUUCUGUGAACAUUUGAGGAUUGUCAUAUGAGAAUUAUUAUUGAGAACAGUAUCAAAAGUUUUCGAACAAACGACUUACUUGAGACAAUUGAGCUCGGUUGAAUCGUUAAUCUGUCAAAAAAAAAAUUAUAUUUAAGCUCGUGACUAUUUCUGUUGAAUUUUUUUCUUUUGACAUUUUUUACGCCAGAACUGAAUUUACCUCCUUAUUUCAGAGGGUAGAUUCUGUUGUCUUAAGAAUUGUCAUAUGAGAAUUAUUAUUGAGAACAAUGUCAAACAACUUGACUGGGACUCUUUGACUGGAAUUGCUUUUAGCUUCAAAAUAAUUAAUUUUAUAUUGUGACUAUCAGUGACUAUAUUCCAGUGCUAAAUCGGCCCUUCAUUCUGCAAACCCAUGAGAAUUAUCACAUGAGAAAUACUCAGAACAAUGUGAAAUUUUUUCGAAAAAAUGAAAAAAAACUGAAGUUUGUCGUUAACUGGAAUCUUGUGUCUUCCAAAUAAGUUUUCUCAUUGCUGGAAAUAAAAAAAAUCUAUUUUCCUCCGUUAGCAAAUGAGUGAUAGCAGUAACUUUAUAGUAACAGUAAUUUUAUGAGAAUAAUCACGGUAAAAUAAAAUUAUCGCAACUAUGACUAGCUCAAAAUUAGUCAUUUGCCUCAAAUCAAGCUGCCGCAAGUAAGUCGUCAAUGUGAAGGCUUUUGAUACUAUUGGAAGCAGAUCGGCUGAUCGGUAGAUCAGCUAGAUCGGUAGAUCAGAUCGGUAGAUCAGCUGAUCGUCUAAUCAGCUGAUCAGCUGAUAAGGUGAUCGGUUGAUCGGCUGAUUUGCUGAUCAUCUGAAUGACUGAUCGGCUGAUCGGCUGAUCCCCUGAUCGGCUGAUUUGCUGAUCAUCCAAACGGCUGAUCGGCUGAUCGGCUGAUCGGCUGAUCCCUUGAUCGGCUGAUUUGCUGAUCAUCCGAACGGCUGAUCGGCUGUUGGCUGAUCAUCCGAACGGCUGAUCGGCUGUUGGCUGAUCAUCCGAACGGCUGAUCGGCUGUUGGCUGAUCGGCUAAUCGGCUGACUUGCUGAUCAUCUGAAAGAUCUGAACGGCUGAUCGGCUGAUGGCUGAUCGGCUAAUCGGCUGACUAGCUGAUCAUCUGAACGAUCUGAACGGCUGAUCGGCUGAUCCCCUGAUCGGCUAAUUUGCUGAUCAUCCGAACGGCUGAUCGGCUGUUGACUGAUCAUCCGAACGGCUGAUCGGCUGAUGGCUGAUCGGCUAAUCGGCUGACUAGCUGAUCAUCUGAACGAUCUGAACGGCUGAUCGGCUGUUGACUGAUCAUCCGAACGGCUGAUCGGCUGUUGGCUGAUCCCCUGAUCGGCUGACUUGCUGAUCAUCUGAAAGAUCUGAACGGCUGAUCGGCUGAUCACCUGAUCGGCUGAUUUGCUGAUCAUCCGAACGGCUGAUCGGCUAAUCGGCUGACUAGCUGAUCAUCUGAACGAUCUGAACGGCUGAUCGGCUGAUCCCCUGAUCGGCUGAUUUGCUGAUCAUCCGAACGGCUGAUCGGCUGUUUGCUGAUCAUCCGAACGGCUGAUCGGCUGUUGGCUGAUCCCCUGAUCGGCUGACUUGCUGAUCAUCUGAAAGAUCUGAACGGCUGAUCGGCUGAUCACCUGAUCGGCUGAUUUGCUGAUCAUCCGAACGGCUGAUCGGCUGAUCGACAAUUAUAGUGAAGCGUAAGUAGUAGACCUGUUUAACCCUUUUCAAAAGCUCAGCAUGAAUUGAUCUUAUGUCAAAACCUUUCAGCAAGUUUUAGUGUAUGAAACGAUCAAGUUCGGCAAAAUCUCAUUAGAUUUAUAUUACCUAGAAAACUCUGCCUAAAAGAACCUGAAACCUCUUUGCUUUUUUGAAAUAAAAUUUAUUUGUGUUCACUCUGAGGAUGAACUUAAAUAUGAGAGACAUUUCCUGUUCCUAAUUUUCCUUUGGCCCUAAUUUAUAAUUGAAGUUUGGAAUUUUAUGGGUAUCUUUACGAACUUGUUCAAUCCUGGAUGGAUUCAGGAAUCUGGUGGAUGAUCUUUUUAAGGUUUUCCUUUGUCAAAUAAAGAUUUAAAACAAGGUUCUAAAAGGAGUAAAUCCGGUUAUCAGUCAUUAUUAUGUUCUUUUAAAAAUGUUUUUAUUUAAAACAAACAGAAUAGAUUGAUUUAAUUGCUCAAGAACCAGGCGAGGCAUGGGUUAGUGUGACCACUUUGUUAGUGCUAUGCUACAUUUACUGCCACUUUAAAUAAAUUAAUGCUUCAAUGUUACAGUAAUUGCAUUAGGCGAAAAAAUAUGUUCAGUGGGUGAAUCGUGAGUGACAGAUCGGCUGAUCGCCGCCGAUAAAUCGCUCUGAUCGGCUGAUCGGAACCCGUAGUGAACCGUGUGUGUUGCGCCGCGGUAUUGAAAAAACUACCAAUUUAUUCAAGAUGGAAUUAAAUACAGCACACCACUAAGUGGGUCUACUACCACCCAACAAACUUUUGAUAAAUUUAACAAUAAACUAUUUUUCACUGUUUGAAAAUUCCUGAAGGACUUGACUCUAUAUGCAACGACCUAAAUAAAAGUAGAUAAUUCUAAAAUUAUUAUUAGAAAGUCCCUACGAGAAUCAUUGAAUAAACUAUAGCCAAACAAUAAAAAAUGGUGCAGAAGAACAAGUCAUCAGUAAAUGGGACUUGAAUACCAUGUCACAAAUAGACUUUUUUGUUGAAAAAUUUUGCUUAAAGAACAUUGUAGUCAUUCAUUGUUGCUCUAAGAUGAAGGAUUUAGCAAGGAGAAUCAAUUAAAAAAAAUGUGUAAGUAUUGCAGAAAGAAAAAUACAUUCAUGGUACAAGUUCCAAUUGGGGAAAGAACCUUCUGAAAAAUGGUUAAGUCUUUUUUCAAAUUAGUCCCCAGAAAAAAAACACCCAAAAUAUUGCAACUUCUCGUGAGAGUAAUCGAUAUUGUGGGUUAGUUCUUCUAAAUUGGGGACUUGAAAUUAGGUGGCAAAAGAAGCUAAAUACAUAACUAUAGUAAGAAAACAAUUCUCUAUCUAGACGAAGUAGUGAAAAGAAAAGAAUGAAAAUAUAAUUAAGUGUUUUAAUAUGGGGUGGAAAGUAAAACUCAGCCAAAAUUCUCUGCGGAUUGUUUAUUGUUAGAUAGAGAUUAAAAAUGAAGAAAAGAAAAAUAACGAAUAAGAAAACUCGGCAUUUUAUUCCAAAAAAUUACUUGGUAAUUAUUUUCUCCGGCGAUAUAUUUUCCAACAUUUUCUUUUAAUUUCAGAACACACAAAGAACCCUUUAAACAAGAAUUUAGUGAAGAUAAUGGUAAAAUAGUGACGAGAAGCACAUUUUAUUUGGCGCAGACAAUCGAUAUUUUUUUCUUUGUCGCACCUGAGAAAAAAUUCACAUUUGCAGAAAACAAUAUAAAAAAGACAAAAAAGAAUGAUUUAUUGAGUGAAUAUGUUAAACUUCCUCAUGUAUUCGAUUGCAGUGCCGUCCAAAAAAAAGGUCAAAGAAAGAGAAUCGCUAGAAGCUCAUUUAUCUUCAUCAUUUAUUUUUACCAUCAUAUUUACAUGUAAUUAUUUACUACGUAAUUUUUACCAAAAAUUAAAAAAAAAAAUAUGGAAAACACUCAUUGUUUUUUCACUUUCAGUGCAGAUCCACAAGAAUCUGAUACACUAAUAGCAAAAUUUGCAGUAGAGAUGAAAACUGAUUAUGAAAAAGAAUAUAAAAAAAUAUAUAUUAAAAAUGCCUUCAAUUGAAAUUGAUGAUGAAAAAGAUAUUUAUUACAAAUUAUAUUUGACGAGGAUUUACUAAUAAAAUACUUACUGUAUGGUAAUUUUUAUUAAUUAAUAAAUAAAAAAAGAAUUGUAGAGAAAAUAUCGAUGGGUUAUAGUAUUGCUCUUCUUCGGGGGAUAACUCCAAGGUGGAGCAAUAAAAAAAAUACAAUAGAAAAAAAAAACAAGAAAUUUUAUGAAAUGGUGGAAGACACAAGUAAAUGGCCGAUGUGCAAAUAAAAAUGUACCUUUAGAUGAAAAAUAUAAAAAAAAAUCACGUUUUAACUAUUAAAAAAAAAGUGAAAGAGACAAACAUAUAAAAAAUAUAGCAUAACUAUUAAUCACACACAUAUUAUAAAAUCUAUUAUAAAUUUAGCUGAUAAGAGUGCAAAAGAAAGAAAUGUUUUCGUUCCACGAACAUGAUACAGGAGUGGACAAUCUCUGCAGGACAGCGAGUUUAAAAUCCUGCAAAAUAUAUGAGAAAAACAAUUUAAAAGAAAAAAUAGAGCAUCUCCUUUAGGAAGAGAGCCUAAAUGUAGGUGGAAAGAAAAUUGAAAAUUUGUAGAAAAAAAAAAUCUCUGAAGUGUGACGAGAAUCGCAAGAUUACGCGAAUUGCUCGAAGAUGCACUAUUGAUGGACGAUAAAAGAAAAUCUACGUAAUCUUUCAAUUACUAAAUCUACUGAAAUAAAAAUCAAUCCAAAAAAUCAUUCAGCAUGUGAAAGAAAUGAAUUGCAAAUUGUAAUUGAGUUUUGCAAGUUAUACUAUUUCCGUUACGAUGGAGCUUUUGCUUCAUGAAUUCAAACAAGGCGCUAUGCAGCAUACACUGUUGAGCAAUAUUGUGGGUUCAAAUUCAAUAAACUAGAAUUAUUUUGAAGGUACUUGUUGACAAAAAUCAAAUUAUUGUUUUUCACAAGAAAAAUUUGGAACUUUUCUUUUUAUUUUUGUUUUUUGAUAAAUGGCCUAAUAUAUUAUUAUUAUUUUUUGAAAAUCUUUUAAAUAACCAUGUAUUAGUCUCAAUUCUAAAAGCAAGACAAUGAUCAAGGUUUAGAAGGUAAUUUUUUUAUUAAUAUUUCAACAGUCAUUAUUUGAAAAUUGCGUACCUUUUCCGUCUCUGGAACGGGACCGAAAAAAGUAGGGGGAAGUAGGGUACCUUUGAAUUGAGGUACCUUUGAAAUGGAGUACCUUUGAAUUAGGGUACCUUUGAAAAUUGGGUUUUUUAUUCUAUUUAGAAAAGGAACAGGUCUUCACCAUGAUAUGAUUUGGCUCAACAAACCUAUUUCGAAGCUGAAUUAGGUACAUCAUGAUAAGGCUCAACUCAUUUUUAAAAUAGGAGAAAAAACUAAUUUCAAAGGUACCCUACCCCAAGUCAAAGGUGCCCUACUUCCCUUUAAGUUCGUCACAGGUGAAUCAGUCUGGUUGGUUCAAUCGAGAACAUAGGAGCAUAGAACUACGUGAUCCGGACCCUGAGGCAUGGACAUUUAUGAUUAUCCCAGGUUCCAGGAUAACGAAAUGAUCAUUAGAUCCAAGAAUAGGGGGAAGUAGGGUGCCUUUAAAGUGAGGCAGCUUUCAAAUUGUUUUUUUCUUCCAUCUUUAAAUAGAAUUGAACCUUAUUAUGAUGUAAUUAUCUUCGCAAUUGGUUUGAUGAGCUAAAUUCGCUAAAUUAUACCAUGAAAGGCCCAGUUUCAUUUAAAAAUAGGAGAAACAGGCCCAUUUCAAAGCUGCCCCAUUCAAAGGUGCUCCACUUUUCCCUACCACAAAAAAAUUGAUCUUGCAAUAAAUAGGGUGGAAUCACCACUUCUCGCCAUUACCCUACUUUUCGCCCCUUUUAUUGAAAUCGCUUUUUUUCGCGAUCUAUGAAAUAAAUGAGUCGCAAUUUUUUUGUAUUGUUUCUGCUUCUACGCAUAUAAUCGAAAAAUAAUAAUUAUUCGUUUUGGAUUUACGAUUUUUAUCAUUUUUUAGAGCAAUAUUUUAAUCAGGUGCAUCGAAUCCAAUAUUUCUUACCAAAUAUGCUAAGUGUCAUUAAAUUUUCAACAAGCCAAAAAUACCAUUUGGGAUAAAUAAUUUGUCUAUUGAAUAUUUAAUUGCACUUGUGGAAUACAUAAAAUUUGUAUUUAGUUAAUUAAUAUUUCAUUUUAUAUUACUUUUAUAUAAAAAUGAGGCAUGGCGAAAAGUGGUAAUAUUCUAGAAUUGAUUUUGCCACCUGUGGCCAUCUCUUUUCAAUAGGCGACGCUAACUUCACUUCGUGGAUUCUCAGUUGUCAAAUCUGGGGUGUAAUGAUAACUUUUCGACACUAUCGAAUCGAUAGUAUCGAUAAAUCUAUAUCUGUUAGAUUAAAUGAAUGUCGACUUUUUGCGGAUUGUUGAACCAUUGUGACAUUCUUAAAAGAAUGUGACUGUUCAUAAAUAUCUGUCUUAGUUACAGAAAGUGCAGCUAUCGUUUAAAUUUUUCAGAAUCGACAGUCGAUAGUAUCGAAAACAAGUUAUCAUGUCACCCCUGCAUUGUUUACUUUCUGCAAUAGCCCUAUAAUUUGAUUUCUCAAAUAAAAAUGAAGAAAAAUCAUUUAAAGUGAGUAAUAAUAGGGUGAUCAUGAGGAAAGAGAAAUACUAAACGUAUUCUUUGCAUAAUAUUACCCAAAAUAAUUGAGUUUAAACCUUUCCAAGUGGGUGGCGAGAAGUGGUUACAGAACUGGCGAAAAAUGGUAAAAAGUGGCGAUGAUGUGGUUAUUUUUGCAUCAGUUUUUUUAAGUACUCCAACGGAUAAUUGUAGAAUUAUAGUUUUCACGUAUCUAGAGCCAAUACAUCUAAGCCUUCUGGGCUUGAGGCUAAUGUUUACAAAAUUUAAAUUAUAUUUACCAAAUCUAAUUUUCCAAAAUAACUUCAAGCACUUCAAAAUAUCUAUGUUUAUUUCUUUAAGAACUCCAGUAUUUCUCCCCAGUGUAACCUCCAGAAUGAUUUUAAAACACUGAAGCUGACAUAAAAUAAGAGAGAGAAAAAUCGUUAUUAUGUAUAUAUACAUACAUAUAUAUUGUUAAAAAAAAACUAUAAAAGAAAAGAAAAUAUAAUAGAUUUUGAAUGUUCUGUGAUAUUCACUCACAUACAUGCAUGAAAAAAAAGAAAGAGAAAAGAGGUUAUUUAGAUGAAAGAAUAAAAACAAAAAUAAAAGAGAAAUAGAAGAAAAAAUUCACUAAUUUUGAGAAAAACAUUUAACAAAACAGAAAAAAUAAUAUUUUCCUCCUUCUCCAACACUAUUUAACAAAGAAAAAAAGCCCAAAAAAAUGAAAAAAAUUAUACAAUUUAAUAGGAAAAAAAUAUUAAUCUGAAUAAUUAAAAAAAGAAUACAAAUUGUCAUAGAAGAAAUACAAGCAGAAAUAGUUUAAACAAAAAAAAUCAAGAGAAAUAUCCACAUUUCUUCUUCUCAAUUUAUUGAAUAUUUUAUUCCAUAAUUCGUAAAAAAUUAAAAGAAAUGAAAAAAAACAAUUUAUAAAAAAAACUCCAUAAGAACACACAAAAAUAGUGAACAAAAAAACUCUUAAAUGCAUUAGAACAGUAGAAAAAUGAAAAAUGAAAAUAAAUACAAAUAGAGCGUCAAGAAAAAAAGAUUAUAAGGUGAAAAAAAAUUAAUUAUUCUCCAGAGAACCAUAUUUUCAUUGUCAUUUUAGCUAAUUAAAAUUAAUAAAAGGUUUUAGAUGUAACAUUAAAAAAUAUUUACGAUGAAAAAAACAAUUAUAUUGUGUGUGGUUAACGUGUGGUUUUGCGAUAAAACAUGGUAGAUUUAUUAAAAAAUUAUUCUCGUGUUUUGUUUUCUAUUCUCUUUUGAGAGAAUAUUUCUUUUUUUUUUCAAAUAUUCAUGUACGCAGUACAAGAAGUCAUAUAAUACUGGUGGUAGAAAAUAUUCUGUUUACAUUUCUUUAUACAAUUUCUUCUCUUUCUACAUUUUCAUUUAAGGUUUUUGUUAAGUUUAAUUUCAGCAUCUUGCAUAGAAAUGUCUGCAAGAUUUUUUUUAUUUUUUAUUUUUAGUCUCUUUUAUUGUGUUUUGCUGUAGAAAUGAAGAAUUAUAAAGAAAAAGAUACGGUGUUAAAGGUUCCACUUAUUUUCUGUAUAGAUUAAGUUGUUCUUUUUUUAAGUGUGUUAUUUUCUUUUUCAAGAAAAUAGGACAGAUAAAGUAAAUAAAAAAAAAGAAGGAAAUGUUGUGGAAGCUGAACCCAUUAGGAGGGUUUCCAAAGUAACCAUUUUAUUGUUGGUGUCUUGUGAAUGUAUUGAAAAAAAAAUUCAAAUCAAACUCAUUUUGCGAAGAUUUAAUGAUUAUUCAUUGAAUUAAAUAGAGAAAAAUUUGCAUAUAUAUUUCUUAAAAAAAAAAACAAGAACUACCAUUAUUAUGAAUAUAUGAUAAAGUUUGUAUAUAAUUUUCAUCAAGAAAAUAACAUAAACUUUAUAUAAAACAUUCACGGCUUCAUUCCAUCAUUGAAAAAGUAAGUGAAAAAGGGGUUUGAAAAAAAAACCACAAAAAGAAAAAAACAAAUGAGAAAUAUUUAUUAAUGGAAAAUGUUAAAGAAGCAUACACAAAAUAGAAAGAGUCUAUCAAAUAUAUAAAAGUAAUCUUUAAAAAAAAAAAAAUAAAUAAAAGAAUAUAAACAAAGAUUAUGAUGAAAACUCUGUUACCACUUGAAAAAUUAUAAAAACUAAAAUGAGAACAUCUAAACAAAAAAUACACUGAAAACAUAGUAAAGUUAAAAAGAAAAAUCCAACAAAAAAAUAUUGAGAGAAAAAUUGAAAAAUUAUAUUUUUUUCCAAAUACAUUACAUUGUUGUAGUUAGAAUAUUAUAUAUAUUAAAAAAGAAAACAAUAAAGAAAAAAAUAUAUAUUAAAAAAAAGACGUGCUCAGAUAAGAGUGAUGAAGACGCUAAGAGAUGAAUGAAAUCUUAGGAAAAAAAUACAAAUUAAUUGAAAGUGAGUGGAUAAAUCAUGAGCUUGCCGAUGAGAGUGAAUAUAGAAUAGAAAAUCGUAUGAAAUAUCACAAUGAGUUCUCACCAUUAAAAUCUUAUCAUGAGGAAAAGGCAAAUCUUAAAAAAAAGAGAGAAAAAUUAUGCGGAUCAAUUUCGAGAGAAAGAUUGAGCGAGAGAAUGAAAAAAAAGGAUGGAAAUUUCAUUAGAAGCACGAUAUAAGAAAUUCCUGUUUUGGUACAAAAUUCUCACAACAUUUUGUUUUCGUUUUUUGUUUUAAUUUUCAAAAAAAAAUCAUUUCCAAAAAUUAUCGUUUCGCAUAGACAAAUUCCUCCAUUGAUUGAUUUAAAAGAAAAAAAACUAAUCACACAUUUAUGAUUUAUGUUAGAACAUUAUUGUUAUAGUAACCCCUCCGAAGAUGGCUAAGAAAUGGGAUAAGAAAUUAAUGAAAAAGUUGAUUGUUGACACUGAUAACACGAAGAGAGAAGGGUUUAGUGGAGAAAAAUAGAGAUGGAAAAAAAUGAAUGAGACAUACUAUAAUUAUACAUUACAUUAUACCAGAGUUGAAAUCACAUUGUCUAUAUUACAUUAUCAUGAAAAAAAUAAACAAAAAAUCAAGGAAUACAAA